GUACCGCGUGGGUGUCCCGCUCCGAGGUCGAGGCCGCCGUUUCUGAUAACCGGACCACAACGACGGCCAUCACCAUCGCCAGCUCCUGGUGUCGGCGGCCUUGAAACAACGGAUCCGUGUUAUCACUAUGCCACGCUGUCUCAUGGCGAAAAAGUGGAAGUGGAAUCAGUGGCAGGCACGCGUGGACGAUCAGCAGGACGAGCAGAAGGACGCGACGCCACUCGGUGCCGCCCUGCAGGAACAACAGGCGCAACAUCACCCUCUACAUCACACCGCGGAUGCGAUGGAGAAACGGCCGCACAGGCAUGAACCCGAGGAUGAGGAAAUCGACGUGGUCGGAGACGUCGAUAAUCAUCAAGUCGAUCAUCAGCAGACCUGCUGGGGACCGCACAGUCCCACAGCGGGGGCCACGGCCCCCAGUCCACCACCCCUCAACGCCUCCGGCGCUCUUUACUAUCACGGAUCGAUAAAGAUCAGAGGCGAUAAACCGACAGGAAUGUGCGGAAUGUUCAUUCAAGGUUAUACACACGAGGCGUGGAUUAAUCACGAGGAGCCGCCUAAAUACGCGACGUUACGUUCCGCGGCGGAGCUAGCGCGUCCGGUAGUACCAUCACCACCGCCUGCAGUCGCACAGCAAGAGCUACCGAUCUCGGUGCUGACUGGACCGGGCUUGCAUCAAACACCAUCGCAUCAGGCGACGGUCAUCGCUACAAAUCCGUCAUCGUCAUCGUCCUCGUCCUCGUCUUCAACGUCAUCGUCUGCCGCAGCGUCGCUAUGCCUGCCGCCGCGAAAGAGUCUCUCGAUGUCCUUCACCAGCACUGGCACCGCGCUCUCCUUACCGCCGAAAAAGAAGGACAUCUACCGUCCUUACAGCCUGCAAUCGAUCUCGGAGAUACGUACGUCUGCCGAGGAGGAUCUAUCGGCCGCACAGGCUAUUCUAGAUCUCAGCGCGUCGCCCGCCGCACCCACGCAUUCUGUUUUUAUUCACACCCUGUCGCCACCGCCGCCGCCGCCACCGCCACCACCACCUCCGGCUGCCGCCGCCACCGCCGCUGCCGCUGUUGCUGCAGCGCCGAACGUCCCCGCGUCGCCACACCAGCAACAACAAGAACAACAGGAACAUGAAGAACAAGAACAACAGCAACAACCACAGCUACAACCAGCGCCAACGACGGGUAUACCGGUCUCUGUGCUUGUGCCGGUGCCUAGCUCGCAGACCAAUCAGCUACGCCAACAGGAGCAAACGCCACCGCAGCCGCAGUCGCCUGCGACCGCGGAAGCCACUAGCGGAAACUGCAACGUCGGCAGGGACAGCACCACCAGCAGCAGCAAGACUGUCGCUUACACCUACGAGGCCUUCUUCGUGUCCGAUGGUCGAUCGAAACGACGCGGCGGUAACGGCAACAACGGUGCCGCCGUGCCCGACAAAGAGGCAGCCCAACCGGACAGGCCCAAGUUCACGUGCACCGAGUGCGGCAAACAAUACGCCACGUCGUCGAACCUGUCGCGGCACAAGCAGACGCACCGCAGCCUCGACUCCCAAUCAGCCAAAAAGUGCAUUCACUGCGGCAAGGCGUACGUCAGCAUGCCCGCCCUAGCGAUGCACGUGCUCACGCACAAGCUCGCCCACAGUUGCGGCGUCUGCGGCAAGAUGUUCUCGCGACCUUGGCUACUGCAGGGUCACUUACGUAGCCACACCGGCGAGAAGCCGUACGGAUGCGCUCAUUGCGGCAAGGCGUUCGCCGAUCGCUCGAAUCUAAGGGCGCACAUGCAGACACACUCGGCUGACAAGAACUACGAGUGCUCAAGGUGCCACAAGACCUUUGCCCUCAAGUCCUAUUUGAACAAACACCUGGAAUCGGCGUGCCUGCGCGACGAGGAGAUGCAGCAGCAGCAACAGCAGCCGCAACAUGCCGGUAACAACGCCACGCAGCAACAGAACACCAAUCGAGGCUUGUAGCAGCGCUUCGAGAAGAAGAACAACGACGCCACGAUGAUUGAAGACACGAGAGAAAGCUAGCGGUGCCCUAUGAUCGCCGCUUGAUCGCGAAGAGGCGCGAGGGUACGAAGAGCAGAAGAGAGGAUAUAAGGUUUGCCCGUAGAUUUUAAGUAGAAAAGUGCCAGUAGAGACAGAAACGAGAGCUAGAGAGAGAGAGAGAGAGAGAGAAAGAGAAUGAGCGAAAGAGAGAGAAA